AUGACUUUAGAUAUUGUAUGUAAUUUUCGGAAGUGCAGAAAAUUAUUAUCUAGUCAAGCAUGGGUCACAACUUGUUCACACGCUUUUUGCGUCGAACACGGAAAAAGCGAAUUUAAGCAAAAUACCGAGAAUUGCUUUACGUGUCCGGCAUGUGGAACCGAAUUACGAGGUAAAUUCGAUGUAAUCCAAGCUGAUCUUAAGCCAAGUGAAACGUUUAAAUCAAUAGUAUUAGCCGGAUUAAAACCAGACGUCAUUAUGGACGUCGCUAUGCGAGCAAUGUCUUUUUGGUCAUACCAAAUUGAACAAGAGACAUUAUACCAAGAAACAUUGGCGAAACAUUCAAAUGAGAAACUUCAGUGUUCAGAGGAAAUUAAUAAUAUAAAUUUGAAAAAACUCGAAGCUGAAUUGGAGAGUAGUAAACGCAAAAUCAUAUCACUACAGUCAGAAUACAAUAAGAAAAGAAAACAAGCGGAGGAACUGAACGCACAACUGGAAGACAAGAGCAGAAAACUACAGAAAUUGACAUUUGAAAUGGAAGCACAUAAACGGAAAGACAUAAGAGCUAAAGAUUUCGUUCGCGUUGAUAGCAACAGUAGUCGAGACGUUUGUUUGGACAUAUCAGAAUUAGUAAUGAACAAAGUGCCAUCGGAACCCUUCGUUUUCAAACCUAUGAAGGACAACGAAGUGACGCCACGCAAGAUAUCCCCCAAAACUCCUAUGUUUGAUUUUCGGUAUAAGAAUAAACAGAGGCCAGGUUUCCAAUUUAAGCCAAUAUGA